AUGCCUCUUGUACACUCUGUCCUCUUUGCCCUUGCUGCUUCUACCGUAUCUACUCGUGCGAUCCCCAUCCUGCAACCCACAGACGCCCUCCGAUUAGACCAUGAAGGCUCCUUCCAGCUCAGCAUCUUUAGCGACCUGCACUUUGGAGAAGCAGAAGACACGCUAUGGGGUCCUGAACAAGAUGUCAAGAGUGUCAAAGUCAUGGACUCUGUGCUCGACAGUGAGAAAACCACUGGCUUAGUCGUCUUGAACGGCGAUCUCAUUACCGGCGAGAACACUUUCCUCCAAAACUCCACAAAAUACUUGGAUCCGAUCGUAGCUCCGCUGGUCAAGCGCGGGAUUAGCUGGGCUAGCACUUACGGCAACCACGAUAGCGACUUUAACCUUUCACGCGAAGGCAUUCUUGAAGAGGAAUCAAAAUACCCGCUUAGUCGCACAAAGAAGAUGGUCGCUGCAUCUGACGCCGGUGUAUCAAACUACUACUUGCCCGUCUACGGCAACGACUCUGCUGUGCCAGAGUUCUUACUCUGGUUCUUCGACUCCCGCGGGGGCAACUACUUCCAGCAGGAAUCAGCAGCCGGAAAACCAGUACCUCAGCCCAACUGGGUCUCUCAAAGCGUUGUUGACUGGUUUACUGAAACUCGAUCCGGCCUCGAGAAGAAGUAUGGACGUAUUGUUCCCAGUGUAGCAUUCGUCCACAUCCCCGUCAAUGCCAUGGCGGCUUUCCAAGCUUCAGGUGUGAAUGCAAAUCACGAACCUGGCAUCAACGACGACAACCCAUUGGCUCAACAAGGCUCAGCUUCAGGUCAAGGCGAAGUCAGCGGCACAGUGUUCAGCUAUAACGGCCAAGACAUACCUUUCAUGCAAGCUCUUCUCGAUACCAAGGGGCUCAAAGCAGUCUUCUCAGGUCACGACCAUGGCGAUGACUGGUGCUUCCGAUGGGACUCGAAGCUAAAGGGUAUGAAUCUGACUGGCAACGGUUUGAAUCUCUGCUUCGGCAGGCAUAGCGGAUAUGGAGGUUAUGGAUCAUGGACAAGAGGAAGCCGUCAAGUUGUACUCAAGAAGGGCCAAGAGGAUGUUGAGACGUGGGUGAGGUUGGAAGAUGGAAGCGUCAGUGGCAGAGUCACUCUCAACGGAACAUAUGGGCAAGACUCAUAUCCUGCUGUGCGGUCAUAG